AUGCCCGCGCCCUCAGCCUCCGUCUCAGCCAGAGCGCAGGCCGCAGCAGAGCCCAUGCCUCCUGGCCUCGGGGCCCCUCCCCUCGGGGCCUCUCCCCUCGGGGCCCCUCCCCUCGGGGCCCCUCUGCGGCUGCUCCCUGCCUUGGCCCUGGGCCUGUGUGUGGCUGUAGUGCUGCAGCUGCUGUGGGGAGGCCUCACCUCCUUCUUCCUCAAAGUCUUCGUGUACGUGUCGUUCGCUCUGCUCUGUUUUCUGGCCGGCAGCUUCGUGCUGCUCACUCGCCAGAGUCCACUGAUGGUCCGCCACUUCAGCCGCCACACCUGCCCCAGGGACCACGCCUUCUUCAGUCAGCUCAUGGGCCGGUUCCUGGUGCCAAUACCAGAGUCGAGCCGGAGAGUCGUGGUGUCUCACAAUAUGGACAAGUCGCUCAAAGAAGUGUUUGACCUGGCCUACAGAGACUACAUCCUGUCGUGGUAUGUGGCUCUGAGUGAGGAUGAGGGGCAGCUGUACUCGAUGCUGUCGGAGGAUUGGUGGCAGAUGAUUGGUCGACUCCGAGAGCGUCUGUCCCACAUCGACCUCGUCAACGUUCUCUGCUACGACUGCAUCCGCAUCCUACACACACACUUCACUGACCUGAAGACCGCCUCUGCCAGGCCAGAGGAGGGCGCCCGUCCCUUCCCGCUGCACCCCAAAAGACCAGCGGUCAUACACCCUCCGCUGCUGCCUCACGGAGGUCCUGACCAACAGAGUGCUGAAGCCGCUGGUGGAGGUGCUCAGUGA